AUGAAUCUGCCUCAAGUGUUACCAUUUGCGCUUUUAGGCACCACAUUCGUCUUCGCAGUCAUCGAACUAGGUCUUACCGGUCACCUAGUCUCGUUCUUUAGCCAGAGCAACAGGGAAUAUCGCUAUGAUCCCUCGAGAAACGGAUACACGUCCCAGAGAGUGACAAUAGCGGUCCCAUCGAUCCUCGCUUUCAUUCUUUUUAACUCAGUAUGGACAAUGUUGGCUUCGGUUGCAGCCGGCAUCGUGCCAUGGAUCUUUCGGAGUAAAGCAGCAACGAACACUGCACUCAACACUAUAAUCACCAUCGGGCUUCUUGGGCUAUACUCUGUGACUAUGGUCUUCUGGUUAGCUUCUUUUGCCACUAUGGCCGCGAGGCUAUCUCAUACAUAUGGGACGUCUGACUAUGUGAAUGCGAUCAUUGCUUUCGCUGUUCUGCUAUGGGUUCUUUUCUGCGUCUUGACACUCGCCGUCACCCUCGGCAUCUGCGGAAUCUUGAAAUUCGAUCUUCCGGGCUAUAGGCCCCUUGGAAAGAAGGAAACUCCUGCAACGGCACCAGCAACGGCGCCAGCAACUGCACCGCAGAGCACACAAAUGGACCAAGUCUAA